AUGUCCGUGCACAACAAUUAUACUUACUCUCCCCCGAUAACCACUCAACCAGCAGAGCAGCAGCACAUGGAAGAGGAAAGAGAGCCGCGAGGAUUCAGGAAAUUUUGGAGUCGCUGGGGCCUUCUGAUCAAACUUAUGCUUGCUCUGCUCUUCCCUAUCCUGCUUGAGACUUUGGACUAUACUGUCGUUGCUAGCGCCCAGCCCCAAAUAGCAUCUUCGUUCAACCGGUUGAACCUUCAGAGUUGGGUUGGAACAAGUUAUGUCAUCACCAGCACCUCUUUCCUCCCUGUAUUCGCCAACAUCACAAAUAUAUUUGGGCGGUAUGGCACUAUUCAAUUUGCCCUCAUCGUCUUCGCCAUCGGAUCGAUCCUCUCGACUGCGGCUCAAAGUAUGCCCAUGCUUCUAGCAGGUCGAGGGAUAUCCGGAGUCGGAGCCGCUGCGCUCUUGACCGUAACACGCGUCAUUUUUGCAGAUAAUCGGAACCUUCAAACCAAUGCUAUACAAACAACCAUGCUAUCCCUGCUAUUUGCUGUUGGUUAUUCCAUCGGACCCCUUAUUGGUGGAUUCCUGGCUUCAGUCUCCUUCCGCUGGAUCUUCGCCAUUAACCUUCCCAUUUGUGCUGCGAGCUUGAUUCUUUGCUUCCUCUUUGUUCGGAACGAGCUUCGAGGACCCCAGCACGAUCCUCGUGAUGACCUUCCCGGACGUGCCAGACCAAAUCGGUACAGAUUCCUAGUUCGGCUCUCCAAAGUUGAUUGGAUAGGCUCAUUCAUCUGUGUUUCUGCCCUCAUCCUUGUUCUUCUCGGCCUGAACUGGGGAUCGACUCGCGAAUGGAAUCAAGCCAAGGUCAUCGCGGCUCUCGUAAUUGGAGGCAUACUGUUUCUUGUAUUUCUCACCUGGGAAUUCUACCUUGGGCGAUACGAGAUCACUCUUAAUGCGGAUGGAACAAUAAGGGCACCCUUCAACCCGGAUUCUUCAACUGCAGAUGGGGAGGGUGUUUUACCGAAGGAGCCUCCACGUCUCAUCUUCCACACGGUUCGCAUGUUACCCCUUUACAUUUUCAAGACCUACAAUGUAUCCACUAUCUCUAUUGCAUCUUUUGCUGGUGGAAUGCUCUUGUUCGGUUGCUUGUACUUUAUCGCCAUCUACUUCAACAUUGCGGCCGGUUACUCCAGCACGAGAUCCGGAGCGCAGCUUCUAUACUUUACCCCAGGCCUCGGGACCGGAUUCUACAUAGCGAUGGUUAUUAUCCGACGCUUCAAACAGCCUAAAUACGCUGUUGUAAUUGGACAACACCUUCAGCCCAUUGGUAUUGGACUUUUGGCAAUGGCAAUGAGCAAUAACAGUAAGCCGCAGAUUAGCGGCUUCCUGGCAGUUUGCGGGAUCAGUGUCGGCAUGACAAUUGGAACUGCCGAGAUGGUUGCACGUUUUGCUCUCGCAGAUCAACAUACAGCUAUUUCGGUGACCAUAAACCUCUUCUUCCUAUUGGCGGGAGGAACGAUUGGCCUUGCUCAACAAUCUGCAGUACUCGAGACCAAAGUUCGCUCCUACAUCAGCAACCUCCUAAUUACCCACCAAAUCUCCUCGUCUGACGCACUUGCCAUCGCUCGUAGCCUGGGUUCCAUUGGUCGAGCAGACGAAGGGGGAAUUGACCACCUUCCAUCUGAGCUCAAGUCAUUCGUCCAGGACGCGUACCGAUAUGGUACUAAAUGGGCAUUUUACUCGAUUAUACCAUGGCUUAUCGUUGGUGCACUCCCCUGCCUAUUCCUGGAUACAAUACCUUUGUCUGGGGUCACUGAAGGAAAUUCAACAAUCGAGAAACGCAGGGAAGAUCAUCCUCGGGGCACUACGCAUGAGUAGAGCGAUGAAAUCGAGCUGGGACCGGGGGUUGGGAUCGGGGGCGAUGCGCAGAAUACAUGAACGAAGCUAUCAAGCAGGUAGACGGAACAUCUCGAGGUCUCCAGCCGACGUCGCUUGUCCCAAAAUAUGACCGCUUGCCAACGUGCGUUUGUGGUGGGUUCUUUGGAUUCGAUCAUGUGCUGUUUCUCUGAAGUGUAACGGAUGUGAUAACGGUACUCAAUCAUUCCCCUUUUUUGGUCCAGUGUGGGGCUCCAAAUGAAGACAUCACCAUUCACUUACUUAAGUGGAAACAACUGGUUCCGAAUUUGAAAA